AUGAGUGAGCCCAGAUAUGAAGACUCAGCCAUUGCAGGCGAAAAGCUCAAUAUGAGUACGGAUGUUACUCAAUCAAAAGUAGAAAGUCAUGUCACCGAGAUUGAUGACGAAGAUGGUCGAGAUCCUCGAAAAUGGAGGCCAAGAAAGAAGUUUCUUGUGUUUAUCGCACUCAUGUCAAGCUCUAUAUUGGCUGAUGGGGGAAUGACUUGGGGCGCAACUUUGAUCGUGCCUCAAGCAUUGGAGUGGGGGGUCAGCGUUGAUCAUUCCGCGACCAGUAUGAACUACGGCAUCUUGUUACAGGGCGUUGGUGGUCUGAUAGCCAUACCAUUGAUAGAGGCAUAUGGACGUCUCCCGGUGUGGUUGUGGCCGCAGUUCAUCACCACGUUCAUGGUUCUUGGAGCGACUUUGUCCAAUAACUAUAGCACCUUCACUGCCUUUCGCUCUCUCCAGGGUUUCUUUGGUACAAUCCCACAAGUUGUUGGUUUGCCGAUCAUUCAUGACAUUUAUGAGCAGAAGGGCCCUGCCCUGGCCGGAUAUAUCGGUGCCGGCAGCAAUUGGAAGGUCUCGUUUGGUAUUCUGACGGCCUUCUAUGCGCUGUCGACGAUCCUGAUCUUUCUCUUCGGACGACCUGUCGGGCGCACUCUAGCCUACUGGACCAAGAUCCUUGCCAUAUACAUCUUUAAGCUCCCGCUUCUGCUGACCGGAAUUGCAACAAUGGUCAACUUUUGCUGGCCGAUCGGUAUAACCGUGACUGUUUCCACAUUUGUUGCGCAGCCUCCCUACCUUUUCGAUACAGUCCAGUCGGCAUCACUGCGGUGGGCCCCAAUCAUCGGAGGCUUACUUGGAUAUGCCUUUGGCUAUUGGUUUAAUGGCUGGAUCGAAGAAUCCCAUCAGCAGAAGUGGCGUCCCGAGUACCGACUUCAUGGUGUCUGGUUUGCCGUUGGAGUCAUGGCUUGUGGACUGCUGACAUACGGCAUGACCCUGAAUUACCGUAAAAGUUGGAUCGGUCUCGCCUUUGGCUGGUUAAUGGUUGUGUUUGGCAUGAUCUCGAGUACAGUCUCGAUCACGGCAUACAACCUCGAGAAAUAUCCCGACCAGUCAACAGUAGUCCCAGCCAUCAUCAAUGCCUGGCGUACAGCCAGUGGCUUCUCUGUCGGAUACUUUCAGCCUUCCUGGAUCGUCAAAGACGGGACUGCGGCGGUUUUUGGAACACAGGUAGCGGUAGUCGUUGCGGUUCUGAUCCUCACAAUCACCCCUGUCAUAGUCAUCGAAGGACGGAAAGCUAAACCCACGAUGGGUUAG